CACUAAUUAAAAAUUUUCAAAAAAAUUCUACACGCACACACACAGUGGACAAAGAGCUGGUCAGAAGAAGCGGUGUGAUUCAUCGUCGACCCAUCCCAUCAUCCAUCUCUACCAUCAAUCCAUUCCCACCUCCUCCAUGGAUUUGAUGACCCAUUCGUUUGACUUCCUCCUCCCUACUACUCUUCCCACCGCCGCCGUCGAGUCAAACGGUGCUGCAACUCCGGCUGGUUCUUCCAACUAUGCCUUAGUAAUCCUUAACCAAAGCCUUCCACGGGUAACUCCUCUUAUUUGGGAACACGCUCGAAUUCGCGUCUGCGCCGACGGUGGUGCUAACCGGUUGUACGAUGAUAUGCCGCAGUUGUUCCCGAACGACGACCUCCAUGCUGUCCGUCGCAAGUACAAACCGGAUGCAAUAAAGGGAGAUAUGGAUUCAGUCAGGGAUGAUGUUGUACACUUUUAUAAAGAUUUAGGGACCACAAUAGUAGAUGCUUCCCACGAUCAGGACACUACAGAUCUGCACAAAUGUGUGUUGUACAUCCACAACAAUAUACCUGAUCUGCAGAACUCUAAUCUCUGCAUUCUCGUGGUUGGGGCGCUUGGUGGAAGAUUUGACCAUGAGCUCGGAAAUAUCAACGUAUUAUAUAAUUUUUCAACCGUGCGGCUUAUUCUUUUGAAUGACGACUGCCUUAUUCAACUUCUUCCCUGUACACAUCGGCAUGAGAUCCACAUCGACUCCCAUUUUAAGGGCCAACAUUGUGGGCUAGCUCCUGUUGGUAUGCCUUCAAGAAACACCACAACAACUGGCCUCCAGUGGAAUCUGAGCAAUACAGAGAUGAAAUUUGGUGGCUUAGUUAGUACGUCUAAUAUUGUACGAGAAAAUGUAGUGACUGUACAUUCUGACGCCGACCUCAUUUGGACAAUGGCCAUAAAGAAGAAAUAAAGAGUAUCUACUCUAUGAUGAGGGCUAGAAUUUUGCAUAUCAGAGAGGUGGAGAAUCUUCAUAGUUUGUCCAGUCUGGGAACUUUCAUAGUGUAUGUUGUUCUCAUUCAUUAUUAUUAGGACAUGAAAUUGAAAUUAUAAGUUCCUAUUCUUUAUUAUUAGAGCAUAAAUUUGUAGUAUGUUGUUAUUCUUUAUGAUCAUGAAAGAUUGUAGUCAUUGUUCUGCAUUUUUGUUCUUAUUUGUAACUCGGGCCAUUGGGCUUCAAGUUCCUGUAAAUAGAUUAUUUAUAUACAUAUAAAAAAGGACUAAAUUUAUUGUAACACACUGUUUUUAAUACCAAUUCCCACCCACUGAAGAGCUGUGAG